AAUAAAACUCUCUCAUUGAUUGUUGCUCGGUGAAGAAGCAGGGUUGGGUCCUCGGAAUUUCAUACAGAGCCAGUUUUCUGCAACUGCGGCUGUACCUCGCAUUUCUUUAGCUAUUUCAGAUAAACAGGAUAUCGAGGCGCAUGCAGCGCUUAUUUUUUAACGAGUAGCUAGCUAGCAAGGGGGGUUGAACCAAUUUAAAGCAGGUGUCGGUGACCUAGCUAGCUCGUACAUUCAUUUUCGACGAAAGCAAAAAGAGUGCGAAUGACGAGAACGCAUUAACUAAACUAGUUUUCAAUAGGUAACCUAACUAGGGAGUUUGCUCGCUGAAAUAUAACCAGACAUGGACGACAAGUCAUUCACUAAGGAAUUGGAUGGGUGGAUUGAGCAACUCGGCGAAUGCAAACAGCUCUCGGAAAAUCAAGUCAAAGCCCUUUGCGAGAAGGCCAAAGAGAUUCUGACGAAGGAGUCUAAUGUGCAGGAGGUGAGAUGUCCGGUCACCGUGUGCGGAGAUGUCCACGGACAGUUCCAUGACUUGGUGGAGCUGUUUAAAAUCGGAGGGAAGUCUCCGGACACCAACUACCUCUUCAUGGGAGACUAUGUGGACAGGGGCUACUAUUCUGUAGAGACAGUCAGCCUCCUAGUAUCUCUCAAGGUGAGGUACCGUGAGCGAAUCACAAUCCUUCGAGGGAACCACGAGAGCAGACAGAUCACCCAGGUGUACGGCUUCUACGACGAGUGUUUAAGGAAAUACGGAAACGCCAAUGUCUGGAAGUACUUCACAGACUUAUUUGACUAUCUGCCCCUAACUGCACUGGUAGAUAACCAGAUCUUCUGUCUCCACGGUGGACUGUCCCCCUCUAUAGACACACUGGAACACAUCAGGGCGCUGGAUCGCUUACAGGAAGUUCCUCAUGAGGGUCCGAUGUGUGACCUGCUGUGGUCAGACCCUGAUGACCGUGGCGGCUGGGGCAUCUCUCCCCGCGGUGCUGGCUACACCUUUGGACAGGACAUCUCAGAGACUUUCAACCAUGCUAACGGACUCACCCUGGUCUCCAGAGCUCACCAGCUGGUCAUGGAGGGUUAUAACUGGUGCCAUGACCGUAACGUAGUGACUAUCUUCAGUGCACCCAAUUACUGCUAUCGCUGUGGAAACCAGGCCGCCAUCAUGGAGCUGGAUGACACACUCAAGUACUCCUUCCUUCAGUUCGACCCCGCCCCUCGCAGAGGUGAACCCCAUGUGACCCGCCGCACUCCUGACUACUUCCUGUAAAAGAUCCCAAUGCCUGUGAAGUAUUGCUCUAGAUUCUUCUUCGUGAAGAAGUGGGAGAAGGGAGCAUCGGUAUAGAGUUGUGACAAAGUAAGCAUCCAUCAAUCCAUGGACCAAAAUGUGUGCCAUAAUUUCACAAAAUGCAAAAUGGAAAAAAAAAAAUCUGUCAUCUUUAAAGAAGACCACACAACCGACACCCACCACAGUCCAUGGAACCAGUUCCUUCUCUCUCUGUGCAUGAUGUUAUAUUUAUCUCUGAAAAUGAUUCUUCAUUGUAAAGAUUACAGUGUACUAUAUAGUAAUAGGGUGCCAUUUUGGAAGCAGAUAGUCUCAUAGUACCUGCUGGUUUUGUCAGGAAAAAGAUCUGCUUUGAAUUAAUUAAUCUGCUGAGAUUAAGGCUUAAAUGUAACCCUUGUGGUAGGAACAUAAUUCUAGUAUAGAAAGGUUUUGGUAAACCGAACUCAGCAUGGCCUCAAACUGGAAGGUUGCAGUAAACAAACAUGUUAUGUUGUGAACAUUUUUCUAACAGAAAUUCAAUGGCUUUUUUUUGUGUGUGAAUUUUAAAUAAUUGUUUUCAGACUUGGUUGGGCGCUGGAUGGAAUUGAAUUCUUCUUUCUCUUUGCACUUUUGUAUUUAAUGUUUUAUCAUGACACUGACAAACUACAGCAUUCUGUUUUACGCUGCGUUCAGAAAGUAUUCAGACCCCAUGACUUUUUCCACAUUUUGUUACAUUACAGCCUUAUUCUAAAAUUUCUUCCUCAUCAAUCUACACACAAUACCGCAUAAUGACAUCACAAUAACCCAUAAUGACAUCACAAUAACCCAUAAUGACAUCACAAUACCCCAUAAUGACAUCACAAUACCCCAUAAUGACAUCACAAUACCCCAUAAUGACAUCACAAUACCCCAUAAUGACAUCACAAUAACCCAUAAUGACAUCACAAUACCCCAUAAUGACAUCACAAUACCCCAUAAUGACAUCACAAUACCCCAUAAUGACAUCACAAUAACCCAUAAUGACAUCACAAUACCCCAUAAAGACAUCACAAUACCCCAUAAUGACAUCACAAUACCCCAUCAUGACAAAGUGAAAAAAUGUUUUUAGAAAUGUUUGCAAAUGUAAAUAAAAGAAAUACCUUACGUAAGUAGUCAAACCCUUUGCUAUGAGGCUUGAAGUUGAGCUCAGGUGCAUCCUGUUUUCAUUGAACAUCCUUGAGAUGUUUCUAAAACUUGGAGUCAACCUGUGGUAAAUUCAAUUGAUUGGACAUGAUUUGGAAAGGCACACACCUGUCUAUGUAAGGUCCCACAGUUGACGUCAGAGCAAAAACCAAGCCAUGAGGUCUAGAAUUGUCCUAAAGCUCCAAGAUAGGAUUUUUAUUUUACCUUUAUUUAACUAGGCAAGUCCGUUAAGAACAAAUUCUUAUUUUCAAUGACAGCCUAGGAACAGUGGGCUAACUGCCUGUUCAGGGGCAGAACGACAUUUGUACCUUGUCAGCUUGAGGAUAUGAAUUUGCAACCUUUUGGUUACUAGUCUCAACGAUCUAACCACUAGGCGACCCUGCCGCCCCAGAUUGUGUCGAGGCACAGAGCUGGGGAAAGGUACCAACAAUUUCUGUUGCAUUGAAGGUUCCCAAGAACACUGUGGCCUCCAUCAUUCUUAAAUGGAAGAAGUUUGGAACCACCAAGAGACUCUUCCUAGAGCUGGCCGCCAAUAGCAAAAUGAGCAAUCAGGGGAGAAGGGCCUUGAUCCAUCUGUGGAGAUGGGAGAGCCUUCCAGAAGGACCACCAUCUCUGCAGCAGUCCACCAAUCAGACAUUUAUGGUAGUGUGGCCGGCUGGAAGCGAUUUCUCAAUAAAUGGCACAUGAAUUUUCCAAAUGCACCGAAAGGUCUCCUUAGACCAUGAGAAUCAAGAUUCGCUGGUCUGAUGAAACCAAGAUUGAACUCUUUGGCCUGAAUGCCAAGCGUCCCGUCUAGAGGAAAUCAAUUUUAAAAUAAGGCUGUAAGGUAACAAAAUGUGGGAAAAGUUAAGGGGUCUGAAUACUUUCUGAAUGCAUUGUAUAUUUCACCCCCAGCAAAUAUCUUUUCUGUCACUCACCUGUCCAUUAGUUGAGUAAAAACCUAUUUCAGAGGAACACCUGUACAAAAUGACAUCCCUUGUUAUAGAUACCUUUCUGUUUUGCAGCCUCCGCUAUAUAAUAAAGAUUGAAGUUGUUCCUUUG